GGAGGAGGGAGCCGGGGGAAGGGGGCGGGGCCGUGCCGCCCGCGCCGCGCUGGGCGCUCUCGGCCAAUGAGCGGCGUCCACAUGCCGCGGCAGCGGCGAGAGGGGAGGCAGCGGCCGAUAAAUGCUAUUAGAGCAGCCGCCGCGGAGCCGUCCCCGACGCCACCUCCUUCUCCUCCGCCGCAGUUUCUUCCGCCGCUGUCGGGUGUGCGGGGCUGAGAGACCCGGGCGAUCUUGCCGCGCACCGCCCCGCCUGCUCGCCUCCUUCGCCGCGUUCCGCCCUCAAGGGUCGGCCGGGCGCCCCCUCCUCCGGCCCGGGCGGGGCCUCUGAUCGUCUUUAGAGAGCGGGGAGGGGGCUCGGGGGCCGCGGCCUGCGCUCCCGGCAGGCAGCUGAGGGCGAGGGAGGCCCUCCCUUCUGGCGAGAGGAGGGAGGGUCAGGAGCCCCCCACCCGCGGCGGAGCUCCGGGUCGCGCGAGGGGCGGUUGUCUGGGGGAGGGGGCGCGAGGUGAUUCAGCGCCCGGCGAGGCGGAAGCGGCGGCAGGAGGAGGAGGGGAGCGCGCCCGUCCGCGCCUGGGCUCCCGGGGUUGCACGAGCCCGCGGCCCGAGUGCGAGGCGGAGGCGAGGAGGCCGCGGGGACUAGAGGCGAGGCCGGCCGGGCCCCCGAAGCCAUGGAGAACGCGCACACAAAGACAGUGGAGGAGGUGCUGGGCCACUUCGGUGUCAACGAGAGCACGGGGCUGAGCCUGGAGCAGGUCAAGAAGCUCAAGGAGAGAUGGGGCUCCAACGAGUUACCGGCUGAAGAAGGAAAAACCUUGCUGGAACUUGUGAUUGAGCAGUUUGAAGACUUGCUAGUUAGGAUUUUAUUACUGGCAGCAUGUAUAUCUUUUGUUUUGGCUUGGUUUGAAGAAGGUGAAGAAACAAUUACAGCCUUUGUAGAACCUUUUGUAAUUUUACUCAUAUUAGUAGCCAAUGCAAUUGUGGGUGUAUGGCAGGAACGAAAUGCUGAAAAUGCCAUCGAAGCCCUUAAGGAAUAUGAGCCUGAAAUGGGCAAAGUGUAUCGACAGGACAGAAAGAGUGUACAGCGAAUUAAAGCUAAAGACAUAGUUCCUGGUGAUAUUGUAGAAAUUGCUGUUGGUGACAAAGUUCCUGCUGAUAUAAGAUUAACUUCCAUCAAAUCUACCACACUAAGAGUUGACCAGUCGAUUCUCACAGGUGAAUCUGUCUCUGUCAUCAAGCACACUGAUCCCGUCCCUGACCCACGAGCUGUCAACCAAGAUAAAAAGAACAUGCUGUUUUCUGGUACAAACAUUGCUGCUGGGAAAGCUAUGGGAGUGGUGGUAGCAACUGGAGUUAACACUGAAAUUGGCAAGAUCCGGGAUGAAAUGGUGGCAACAGAACAGGAGAGAACACCCCUUCAGCAAAAACUAGAUGAAUUUGGGGAACAGCUUUCCAAAGUCAUCUCCCUUAUUUGCAUUGCAGUCUGGAUCAUAAAUAUUGGGCACUUCAAUGACCCAGUUCAUGGAGGCUCCUGGAUCAGAGGUGCUAUUUACUACUUUAAAAUUGCAGUGGCCCUGGCUGUAGCAGCCAUUCCUGAAGGUCUGCCUGCAGUCAUCACCACCUGCCUGGCUCUUGGAACUCGCAGAAUGGCAAAGAAAAAUGCCAUUGUUCGAAGCCUCCCGUCUGUGGAAACCCUUGGUUGUACUUCUGUUAUCUGCUCGGACAAAACUGGUACACUUACAACAAACCAGAUGUCAGUCUGCAGGAUGUUCAUUCUGGAUAGAGUAGAAGGUGAUACUUGUUCCCUUAAUGAGUUUACCAUAACUGGAUCAACAUAUGCACCUAUUGGAGAAGUGCAUAAAGAUGAUAAACCAGUGAAAUGCCACCAGUAUGAUGGUCUGGUAGAAUUAGCAACAAUUUGUGCUCUUUGUAAUGACUCUGCUUUGGAUUACAAUGAGGCAAAGGGUGUGUAUGAAAAAGUUGGAGAAGCUACAGAGACUGCUCUCACUUGCCUAGUAGAGAAGAUGAAUGUAUUUGAUACUGAAUUGAAGGGUCUUUCUAAAAUAGAACGUGCAAAUGCCUGCAACUCGGUCAUUAAACAGCUGAUGAAAAAGGAAUUUACUCUAGAGUUUUCACGUGAUAGAAAAUCAAUGUCAGUUUAUUGUACACCAAAUAAACCAAGCAGGACAUCAAUGAGCAAGAUGUUUGUGAAGGGUGCUCCUGAAGGUGUCAUUGACAGGUGCACCCACAUUCGAGUUGGAAGUACUAAGGUUCCAAUGACCCCUGGAGUCAAACAGAAGAUAAUGUCUGUCAUUCGAGAGUGGGGUAGUGGCAGCGACACACUGCGAUGCCUGGCCCUGGCUACUCAUGACAACCCACUGAGAAGAGAAGAAAUGCACCUUGAAGACUCUGCCAACUUUAUUAAAUAUGAGACCAAUCUGACCUUCGUUGGCUGCGUGGGCAUGCUGGAUCCUCCGAGAAUCGAGGUGGCCUCCUCUGUGAAGCUGUGCCGACAAGCAGGCAUUCGGGUCAUCAUGAUCACUGGAGACAACAAGGGCACUGCUGUGGCCAUCUGUCGCCGCAUCGGCAUCUUCGGGCAGGAUGAGGAUGUGUCGUCAAAAGCUUUCACAGGCCGGGAGUUUGAUGAACUCAGCCCCUCGGCCCAGCGAGAUGCCUGCCUGAAUGCCCGCUGUUUUGCUAGAGUUGAACCCUCUCACAAGUCUAAAAUCGUAGAAUUUCUUCAGUCUUUUGAUGAGAUUACAGCUAUGACUGGUGAUGGCGUGAAUGAUGCUCCUGCUCUGAAGAAAGCCGAGAUUGGCAUUGCCAUGGGCUCUGGCACUGCAGUGGCUAAAACCGCCUCUGAGAUGGUCCUGGCGGAUGACAACUUCUCUACCAUUGUGGCUGCUGUCGAGGAGGGGCGGGCAAUCUACAACAACAUGAAGCAGUUCAUCCGCUACCUCAUCUCGUCCAACGUGGGGGAAGUUGUCUGUAUUUUCCUGACAGCAGCCCUUGGAUUUCCUGAGGCUUUGAUUCCUGUCCAGCUGCUCUGGGUCAAUCUGGUGACAGAUGGCCUGCCUGCCACUGCACUGGGGUUCAACCCUCCUGACCUGGACAUCAUGAAUAAACCUCCCCGGAACCCAAAGGAACCAUUGAUCAGCGGGUGGCUCUUUUUCCGUUACUUGGCUAUUGGCUGUUACGUCGGCGCUGCUACCGUGGGUGCUGCCGCAUGGUGGUUCAUUGCUGCUGAUGGCGGUCCGAGAGUGUCCUUCUACCAGCUGAGUCAUUUCCUACAGUGUAAAGAGGAUAACCCGGAUUUUGAAGGCGUGGAUUGUGCAAUCUUUGAAUCCCCAUACCCGAUGACAAUGGCGCUCUCUGUUCUAGUAACCAUAGAAAUGUGUAACGCCCUCAACAGCUUGUCCGAAAACCAGUCCUUACUGAGGAUGCCUCCCUGGGAGAACAUCUGGCUCGUGGGCUCCAUCUGCCUGUCCAUGUCACUUCACUUCCUGAUCCUCUAUGUCGAACCCUUGCCACUCAUCUUCCAGAUCACACCGCUGAACGUGACCCAGUGGCUGAUGGUGCUGAAAAUCUCCUUGCCUGUGAUUCUCAUGGAUGAGACGCUCAAGUUUGUGGCCCGCAACUACCUGGAACCUGGUAAAGAGUGUGUGCAGCCUGCCACCAAAUCCUGCUCGUUCUCGGCAUGCACCGAUGGGAUUUCCUGGCCGUUUGUGCUGCUCAUAAUGCCCCUGGUGAUCUGGGUCUAUAGCACAGACACUAACUUUAGUGAUAUGUUCUGGUCUUGACUGACAGUUUUCCAUAAAGAAGAUGUUUAACUUAAUCAAUUAAUUUUUUUAUUGUUUAAAGCAACUGUCUAUCUCUGCUGAAUUUUCACAUGAACAUACUGGCUGGUGAUGGAGGUUUCAUACUCUAGAUUUUUGUUUUGCUUUUUCUGACUCCAGUGGGGCAAGAUUUUCCUUUUUUAUACACAUAAUUAAAGUGUCCAUUGACAUGUACAGAGAACUAACACUAUUUUAUGCAAAUAUUUUUUUGUAGAUGAAAAAGCAUGUACAGUGUUCUGUUUAAUACUCAUCCUUGUAUAAAAAAAAAAUAGUUGAGCCAGCAGACAUUGUCAGCAAAUUAAUUGGCAGCAGAUUUUAGGAAAUGAAAUGAAUGUGUGUGGUUUUUUCUAAAACUAAAUAGCAUGUAUUGUGUCUUUUGCAUGAUGAUCUGGAUUUAAUUUGAUAUCACAGUCUAAUUUUUAUUCAUAAGCCAAUUUUUCUGCACUGAGCAGAGUCCUGCUACCUCAGUCAGUAUUGUUUUGGUUUGCUACUUCCCCUCACCCACUUUGGCCUCCAUUCACCACCCCACCCCCCCACCCCUGCCCCGCUUGGCUUCUUCUGUAGGAUUGCGGUGGUUCGUUCUGUUUACAUCAGUUUUAACGAGAGGUAUGCCUGUACUCGCUUGUGCAGAAAACAUCGUUCCAGAGUCAAUCGACCGGGUUUAUGUCCCUUCACAUAGUUUUUAAGAUUAUUUAUUUAAAUGUCUAAUGUAUUUUAUUGUAACAGACAUUGUUUUGCCAACAUUGCCUAUUUCAGUGGCACGUCACGAUCUAGUUUAAAAAGAAAAAUAAAACAUUUUAAAUGGACAGAGAAAAAUAACUGUCUUGUUUUUAACUCUUAAGUGGCCUACCUGGGACUAACAGACAUGUCCAACUUUCUCUCCAGUUCUUAGCUCAGAACUUUAGUUGUACUCUGCUUGAGGGGAAGAAGGCUCCUGCUCUGCUGCGUAGGUAGUCAUAGGAAUUGUAUUCUUAAUGUACAGGCACUAAUUGUUAUCUGUGAUGUACAUUUUAUGCAAGUUUCUGCUGGCCUGGUGUAGAGAACAUAAGGGCAAGUGUGCGUGUGUAUGUGUGUGUUUUGUACAAUCUGUAAAUAGCACAUGACCAAAUGAACAUAUUGUAUAGAACUAUUUUUAUUUGAAUGUGGCACUAACCACCACCACCGUUACUACGAUCAAUGUUUGCGCAUGUUCAAGAUGAGUCUCACCAACAGUGUGUAAGUCAUUAACAGUCCUAACUGUGGUGUUUUCCUCCAAUGCCUUCCAACAUCCAUCAACUAAUGUGAGUAUUUUCUUCCCUGGGAUUUGGAUCCUUUAGCCUAAAAGUGACUGGCUGCCACCAAGUGAGAUAACUAUAUGUCACUAAUGAAUAAACUGCCCCCAUGUCAGACGCUGCUGUGCUCCCUGAUGCCCUGUGAGCAGCAGGGUUGCCUGUGGCGCCUGCUUUGUGACUCAAGCACGCCAUAAGCUGGCUGGUGGUGUGGCUUCCAGACUGCCUAGACAGUGGCUCCACAAGACGACCAGGAGGGCCCAAGCCAGAGUCGGGAGAGGCAUUUUUCAGCCAGACCAACAGGCUGAAGGAGCUGUGCAGCCUCUACUGCUAAAAUGAGGGUUCACAGCUGCCAGGAAUCAUCCCACAGCACUGCUACUUGUUCAUUAAAAAGCUAAAACCAGUGAACUCGGGGUAUCACUAGGUUCAUCUUAAAUAGGUCACCCCCUCUCCCCCUUGCUGGGUCAUGUCGUUUGUGGCUAAGACUUACCUCUGCAGGGGAUGUUAAAGCAGGACAUGGCUCUAGACAGCCCAAAAACCAGCUUGCUCCUUAGCCAGGGUGUGAGGCAUCAACUACAUUCUCAGAAAUGUAUUAGGCUCUAGUUACUGGGACGGCCAGUAGUUGUAAUGCAGAUGAUAGAGUUUGGGGGUGGUUAGGAGACAUCAAGCAGGACAAGGUGCCGCUGAGUUCAGAGGUCCAAGGAAUGGAGAUGGAACCUGGAGCGCAACUAAAAGCACAGUCCAUGGCUGGGUACGGUGGCUCAUGCCUCAUGCCUGUAGUCCCAGCCCUUCGAAGGCCAAAGCGGAAAGAUUGCUUGAGCCCAGGUAUUGGAGGCCAGCCUGGGUGACAGAGUAAGGCCCUUUCUGUCUCAAAAAGAAACAGGUUCACUUUGAGGCCUCCAGGGCUGCUGGCAGGCAGCUGUGGCUCUUGGGAAGGGAGGCUGCCUUGCCCAGCAGGGAACAUUUGGGGCAGGGGGUAGAUUUUGCCAGUUUGAGCAUCAUGAGGUAUAACCAGAAAUGGGUUGAAUGGACCAAAUGUAAGGAGUGCAUCUCUGGGCUGCAAACUGACUGCUGCACUAUUACUGUUGAGUGCAAACAAAACUCAGAGUCAGCUUUUCGUGACGCAGUUCUUUGACCUAGCGGCUUUUACCAAAAAUGUAGAGUAGUUUGGCCUGCUGUGGGAGGCACACUCCUGGCCAGCCUCAUGGUUUCUCGGCUUCCGACCCCUCCAGCCCACAGAGGAGGCCAUAGAGGGACCCACCUUCCUUUGUCCCAGACAGCUGGAAGCAGGUUAGGGCGACUGCUGCUUUGAGCAGGGCCGCUUGGUCCAUUCCACUGAAAGCUUUGCCAGGUGAAAACAUCUCAGCAUCUCCCCCUCCUUAGUCAACCUGUAAGGACCAGGUCCAGCACCAUGGUCUUGGUGCACCCCUGACCUCAGGGCCCUACCCAGCAGUAAGGCAGUAGCUGCUCAGCACCUCCCCCCACCCCCGCCCCGCCUCCCCCGAUGCAGUGUGCCUGCUGUCAGGCAGCUCUUGUCUGAAACUCAACUCCACAUUCUUUCUUGAUGGGCAGGUGACUGAAGGCCCAGCCAUCAGUAUCACCUGUUGCCGCCCUAUGCCUCCCUUAGCUUCUUUGAGCUUUGUCCAGAAGACCAACAACCUCACACAUACCCUAACUGGGACACCACAGUAGUAGCUCACUCUGCAAAACCCAGAUGAUCCAUUCUGGAGGAAGCCAUCCCUUAAGCUCGGUGAGCUCCCAGGCAAGCAGGGCAUCUCAGCGACCUCCCUCACAACAGCUGAUCCCCCAUCCCCUUGGGCUGGAACCUCAGUCCUGAGUGAGGCAGGCAGACCUCAGAAGACCUGAGACUGGCCGGGCAUGGUGGCUCACGCCUAUAAUCCAAGCACUUUGGAGGCCAAGGCGGGCGGAUCACCUGAGGUCAGGAGUUCAAGACCAGCCUGACCAACAUGGUGAAACUGUCUUAAAUAUAAAAUUAGGCCAGGCGCCGUGGCUCACACCCAUAAUCCCAGCACUGUGGGAGGCCGAGGUGGGUGGAUCAUGAGGUCGAGAUCGAGACCAUCCUGGUCAACAUGGUAAAACCCCAUCUCUACUAAAAAUACAAAAAAUUAGCUGGGCAUGGUGGCAUGCGCCUAUAGUCCCAGCUACUCGGGAGGCUGAGGCAGGAGAAUUGCUUGAACCCAGGAGGCAGAGAUGGCGGUGAGCCGAGAUCAUGCCAUUGCACUCCAGCCUGGGUAACAAGAGCGAAACUCUGUCUCAAAAAAAAAAUUAUAUAUAUAGUUAAAAACUUUUUUUUUUAAUAAAAAAAAAAAAAAUCUGAGACUACAAGCCUUAGCUUAGUGUCUACCAAGCACCUAGCCACUGCCCAGGGCCAGAGCAUACCACGUCUAUAGUGCCUGUGAGCAAGGAGGCAGCAGUUACCCUGUGACUAACCACCGAAUUGUCCAAACACCCCCUGCAGUUAGCAAGAAGAGUAGGCUUCAGCCUCCUUUACUGAAAACAGUGAAAGGAAGGAGCUGCCCCAGGACCGCAGUUUCCCCUCCAGGGCAGGGCAGGGCAGGGCAGUCCAUCGGCUAGAGGCUAAGGUGCCCACAGACAGGGCAGGAGCAGGAAGGCUGUGCUGCUGCAGGGCUGCUCACUAUUCCAUCAACCUCACCCUCUCACCACUAAUCAAGACCUUGUCCUCUUGCCUGUCUCGCUGCUUUCACACCUGCAGUGAUUGUGUCUGCCUUGUGGGGUUUUCAUCCAGAACCUUUAUUCUGUAGCCAGACGACACAAGGAAUCUGUGUCACUGAGCCAGUGCUUCUAGAUGCUACCCUGUGUGGGCAGCGCCUCAGGGACAGUAAAUCAGAAAUGCUGGUCUUGAAACUGAAAAGAUCAAGCUGAAUGUUCCUUUUCAUCUGUCGCUGUUGAUCUUCAUCUAUUUAAAUAGCUAUUCUAACAUUUCCUCUCUGUAUUUCAUGAAGCUGAUUUCCUCUCUCUUUCCUUUUCAGCAAUACUGGAGUAACCGCUUCCUAAACCAUUUUGCAGAAAUGUAAGGGUGUUCGGUUGCGUGCAUGUGCGUUUUUAGCAACACAUCUACCAACCCUCUGCAUGAUUGAUGUUGGGGAAAAAGAAAAGUAAAAAAAAGUUCCCAACUCACUGUGUGUUAUGUGGAGGAAAUGUGUAUUACCAAUGGGGUUGUUAGCUUUUAAAUCAAAAUAAUAAUUACAAAUGUACAAUUUAGCUUAAUCAGAAAGGCUCUCCAGAGAAUUUUGGUUUCUUUGCUGCAAGAAGAAUGAGGCUCUGAAACCUUAUCCAAGAACUUAGAAGUCGUCAGCCAAGUCGCCACAUUUCUCUGCAAAAUGUCAUAGCUUAUAUAAAUGUACAGUAUUCAGUUGUAAUGCAUGCCUUCAGUUUUAAGUAGCCAGAUUCCUCUCCAGUGACAUUGGAACAUGCUACUUUUUAAUUGGCCCUGUACAGUUUGCUUAUUUAUAAAUUCAUUAAAAAUACUACAGGUGUUGGUUAAAAUGUAGGCCUCCAGUUCAUUUUCAGUUAUUUUCUGAGUGUGCAGACAGCUCUUUUGCACUGUAUUAAAUGUGACUUAUUUAAUGAAAUCAGAAGCAGUAGACAGAUGUUGGUGCAAUACAAAUAUUGUGAUGCAUUUAUCUUAAUAAAAUGCUAAAUGUCAGUUUAUCACAAUGCAUGUUUGACUUUAGACUGUAAAUAGAGAUCAGUUUCUUUCUGUGCUAGUAACAAUGAGCGUCGCACAGUCAUGGUUUCAGGUAAAUAAAUCUAUUCUAUGAUAAA